CAGAAUUUUCAUUUUUUUAUUUAUUUAAAUAAAUAAAUAAAUAAAAUUGAUUCCUGAUUUGCACAGAGGCAGCAAAAAUGGUGGUGGCCAACGCUUGGGCUACGGGAAAUUCCGUCGUCCCGCCGCCGCAGCUCCGCCCUUCCUCCUCCUCCUCCCCCAUCUCCAUCUCCCCUGAUACUCUGAAGAAAAAGUCCUCAAUCAAUUUGCCCUAUAAAUUUCUCAUCAGGAGAAGGAGUAACCCUACGCUAUCUUGCCGCUGCAGCAGCAAUUUCGAUGAAAUUAAGAAUUACAGCGACGGCGAUAGCAAUAAUAUCACUUCGUAUUCUUCUUCCUCCGCCGCCACUUGUUUGUCGGCAUCGGUGGAUUGGGAUUGGAAUAGGUGGACACGUCAUUUUGCUGAGAUUGAGCAGGCUGAGAACUACGCAUCUGUGCUUAAGUUUCAAUUAGAAGAUGCAAUCGAGAACGAAGACUUUCAAGAAGCUGCUAAAUUGAAAAAAGCCAUUGCCGAGGCAACGUCCAAGGAUAGCAUUGCUGAAAUUAUGUCGCAGUUGAAGAAUGCAAUUGACGAGGAGCGUUACCAUGAUGCUUCAAGAUUGUGCCGAAUUACAGGAAGUGGGCUGGUAGGUUGGUGGGUUGGCUAUUCAAAUGAUUCAGAAGAUCCUUUCGGGAAAUUAGUUCAGAUUACCCCAGGAGCUGGCAGAUUUAUAGGCAAAAGUUAUAGUCCAAGGCAGUUGUUGACAUCAUCUCCCGGAACACCACUAUUUGAAAUUUUUGUGGUUAAAGAUGCCAACGAGAGAUAUAACAUGCAGGUUGCAUUUCUAAAACCAGUUAAAGGAAAUUCGUCAAAAUCAAGUUCUUCUUCGUCUGAUAAAUCCACCAAGGGACCAUCUGCCAGUGAACCCGAUGCUGCAUCCAUAGUUGAUGUUAAGCUGGAAAGUGAACCAGAAAAAUCCGAAGGGAAGAGCAUUGAUUUGGAAGGAGCUGCUGAAGAAGGAAUAAAGAGCGUCAUAAACUUUCUCAAGGAUAAAAUUCCAGAACUGAAGGUUAAAGUAAUGAGAGUCGACAUUGCUGAUGAUAUAACCGAAGAUGAUGUGAAACAGUUUAUUGAAGAAGAAGACGACAGUGAUAGCACAAGUGGCAGUGAUACAGAAGAUGAAGCCACUGAUAUAGAUAGCAAAGUUUCCGAUAAUGAAACGUUGGAAGAUGAAAGCAAUCUAGAUAUGAAACUUUAUAUUGGAGGGGUUUUACAUAAUAAAGAAGACGCCCCUAUAAAGGAUGACACUAUUCGUGUGCCGGCAGAUAUUGAAGCUAUCGAGAGGGAUUCUUUCGUAUUGCAUAUUGAGAAGAGAUAUCGAGAUAGUGACUCUGAAGAGAAACUUGCUACUCGAAUUGUGGGCGCAAUUGCUGCACAAGAUGUUUCUGAACUUAUACCUCCUGAUGUUGCCAAGGCCUUCUGGAGUUCAAAUAAAAUUUCUCCCAAGCUUUCUAGAGAUGCACGUGAAAUAGUGAAGCUUGCAGUGAGUCGGGCUCAGAAACAGAAUAGAGUAUCCGAGUACACAAAUUUUACUCGAAUCACCACCUCGAAAGGUGAUUUAGAUCCAUUUGAUGGUCUAUAUGUUGGUGCUUUUGGUCCUUACGGCACUGAGGUUGUGCAAUUGAGGCGCAAAUAUGGUAAUUGGAAUAUGAAUAAAGAUAAGAAAUCUUCUGAUGUGGAGUUCUUCGAGUAUGUUGAGGCAGUAAAGCUAACAGGAGAUUUAAAUGUUCCUGCUGGCCAGGUAACAUUUCGUGCUAAAGUAGGGAAGGGUAAUCGUCUUUCCAACCGGGGCAUUUACCCACAUGAACUAGGAGUGGCUGCAAGUUACAGAGGUCAAGGAAGGAUUGCGGAAUUCGGGUUCCAGAAUCCUAGGUGGGUCGAGGGGGAGCUUCUUCAACUCAACGGGAAGGGAAUGGGCCCGUAUGUCAAAGGUGCAGACCUCGGUUUUCUGUACGUUGUACCAGAGCAAAGUUUCCUCGUGCUCUUCAAUCGUUUGGAACUACCCGAGUGAGUUUGUACAUACCAAACUAAAACAUUACGCACUAUUUCUUGUAUUGUUUUACUUCUUAUCCAAUGAGCGAUUUGGAUUACGACACUUGUGUUAUAGUGCGUACGUGUGUAAUAACUCCCACAUCACAAAUUUUUGUAAUAGUUAUAAAUUGAGGUAGUUUACGAAUCACUGCUUUGAUAGAAACGACUAAACGAAGACUGCUUUAAUAAAAUUCGGGUGUUAUUUCGUGGUA